AUGUUCGCUGCCAGGAACGCUUUCGCCCAGGCCCAGCGCCGCGCCUUCUCUGCGUCGGCCCGCCAGUCCUCCAAGGUCACCGUCCUCGGUGCCGCCGGUGGCAUCGGCCAGCCGCUCUCGCUCCUCCUCAAGCUCAACCCUCGCGUUAGCAAGCUCUCCCUGUACGACAUCCGCCUCGCCCCCGGUGUCGCCGCCGACAUUGGCCACAUCAACACCAAGAGCGAGGUCACCGGCCACGCUGCCACGCCCUCCGGCCUGGCCGAGGCCCUCAAGGGCGCUGAGAUCGUUGUCAUCCCCGCUGGUGUCCCUCGCAAGCCCGGCAUGACCCGUGACGACCUGUUCAACACCAACGCCUCCAUCGUCCGCGACCUCGCCAAGGCUGCCGCCGAGCACGCCCCCGAGGCCAACAUCCUCAUCAUCUCCAACCCGGUCAACUCCACCGUCCCCAUCACCGCCGAGGUCUUCAAGGCCAAGGGCGUCUACAACCCCAAGCGCCUCUUCGGUGUCACCACCCUUGAUGUCGUCCGUGCCUCGCGCUUCAUCUCGCAGCUGAAGAACAACGACCCCGCCAGCGAGAACAUCACCGUCGUCGGUGGCCACUCGGGCGCGACCAUUGUCCCCCUCCUGUCGCAGUCGGGCUACAACCUGUCUGGCGAGCAGCUCGACAGCUACGUCAAGCGCGUGCAGUUUGGCGGAGACGAGGUUGUCCAGGCCAAGGAGGGCGCUGGAUCCGCCACGCUGUCCAUGGCCAUGGCCGGUGCCCGCUUCACCGAGUCGCUGCUCAAGGCCGCGCAGGGCCAGAAGAACGUCAUCGAGCCCACGUUUGUCGACUCUCCCCUGUACAAGGACCAGGGCGUCGAGUACUUUGCGUCCAACGUCGAGCUCGGCCCCAACGGUGUCGAGAAGAUCCACCCGGUCGGCAAGAUCACCGAGUACGAGCAGAAGCUGCUCGACGCCUGCUUGGCCGACCUCAAGGGCAACAUCACCAAGGGUGUCAAGUUCGCCAAGGAGAACCCGUGA